AUGAUCUGUGGACUGUCUGUGAGCAAUCGACUUAAAAACUUUGAUAAGUUCUUGUCAGAAAGAAGCAGUGAAGUCAGAAAGGUUGCAACUAGUUCUUGGGCAUUUAAUUAUUACAUCAUUUAUUUGACUGUACGCGUGAUCGGGUUGUCUAGAUUUGUUACAGUACUGUUUCCAGGCAUGUUUCCCAUUGAAUAUUCUUGUUCGUGGCGUCCAACAACAAACGAAAACUCUUCGUUCAACAGUACAAUUCUUUUUCCAUAUAACGAGACAUUUGUUAACUGUGAAAUUCGCGAUGGUAACAGUGAAUGGUGGAUUAAAUUUGUUGUAGCUGUUGAUGUUUUAUCGAUAAUAAUGACGAUAUGUCAGCUAAUAUACCUAUUAAAUAAGGCACGUAAUGAUAAUUUUUUCACAUCAGAUAAGGAGUUUUUCACGGUAUACAUACUCCAAAAACGUGCAGAACUUCGAAAUUGGAUAGAAGAAAUAAAAAAUAAACUUCACUUGAACAAAUUAUUUAAUAUCCACGAUAACGUAGGCAAUGCACAAAUGCCUGUCCAAAAUCUUAAAGAUAUUUAUGUCAACGUCAUAAUGCAAGCAGAAAGACAAUUAAGUAAGGCUUACCCAGAAACGUAUAAAAGGCACGAGAUCCUUCAUAGUCAUUUCAAACUUAAUGAAAAUGCGAAAAAACUCACAAGAGCAACUGACAUUUUUAAGUCAAUUCCAAAUAGCAAGUCGUAUCCUAGCUCCAUUUUAGUCAUUGGAAGGCCAGGAAUUGGUAAAACUAUGUUGACGAAAAAACUUAUUCAUGAAUGGAAGACAAAUGAAGACGACUUUUGGCGCGAUAAGUUGGUCAUUUUAUUGCAAUGUCGUGCGAUUAAAGAGAAGUACAUUACUUUUGAAAAAAUGUUAAAGAGUUGCGUUGGAUUUUCAUUUGAACAGUUUUCAGAUAUUUACGAAUUUGUAAUGUUAAAUCCUGAAAGAACUGUUCUUGUCGUCGACGGUCUUGAUGAAUUGCCUUUAGAUAAUGGAGAUCUUCGAACUGACGACUCAGGGUCCCCUAAUGAUAAAAGGGCCGUCAUUACACACUUAAGUAUGCUUGUUGAAGGUAAACUAUUGCCUGAUGUUACUGUUCUUAUUACAUCACGACCCACAGCUGAACAUAAAUUUCGAGAUAUGGAAUUCGCAAGGACAGUUGAAAUCUUGGGCUUGUUUGAGGAUGAGAUAAAAGAAUUCGUGGAAAAGUUUUGUCAUGAAGAUAGGAAUAUCACUGACCGUAUUCUAAAUAAGAUUGAAAUUUCUCUUGAACUUCGCAGCUUUUGUUACAUCCCUAUUAACACUAAAAUUGUUUGUAUGACCUUAAAGGAAUGUUUUGCAGAUGAUGAAAACUAUAGUCCAAAGACUAUCACUGAAUUGUACGAUAGAGCAAUUAAAGUUUUACUAUGGCAAAGCCAUCCCCUUCUCAGGGGCAAGACUACAGAAAAGGAUUACUUGAGAAUUCCUUUACCAUCCGAGCUUGAUAAAGAUCUACAAGAAAUAAAAUAUGUUGCCAUGGAAGGGCUUAAAGACGGACGCCUGAUUUUUGAAAGAAAAAGUAACAGUAACUUUAAAAAUCUGGAAAACUGUGGCAUUUUCAAUAAGAUUUAUGAUGAUGAACGCCAUCUUUACUGUUUUCUUCAUUUGACUCUUCAAGAGUUUUUUGCAGCGUGGUAUAUUGUUGACGAUUGGCAAAACAUUGGAAAGUUUUUGGAUGAUCAUGUUGAAGAUCCUAAAUGGCAUUUGGUAAUCGAAUUUGCUGCUGGUUUGGUUGGAAGUGAAAAGAAAGAGAAGGGAAAAGAUAUCAGCGUUAUUCUAGAGAGGUUAGAAAGUUGGAUGUCACAUUUAUUUUUCUCUGAGGGUAAUAAAGCACUUGGUUUUCUUGGAAUGAAGUGCUUUUACGAAUUACAAGACGACGAUGAGAUGAGAUCAGCUUAUCAAGGUGCUAAUUUACUUAUUCAAGCUACGAAAAAUGAGAACUGUAAACUUACUAAAUUAAAGAUUUGUGGUAACAAUAUAAGUAAACAAAGUGCUAAAUCUUUUGCUGAAGCUUUAAAAAGUCAAAAUUGUAAACUUACUGAACUUGAUGUUCACUUUCACAGUUAUGCCAAUAAAAAUACAGAAUCACUUAGAAAAGCUUUAAAAAGUAAGAAUUGUAAAUACGCUGAACUCUUUAUUCUUCAAAGCUUUCUAACUGCGGAAGAGGCUAAAUGUUUGAGUGAAGCUUUAAAAAGUAAGAAUUGUAAACUUAUUAAACUGGAUGUUAGUAAUGCUAAAAUAGAAGAUGAAGGUGCCAAGUAUCUUAGUGAAGCUUUGAAAAGUGAGAAUUGUAAGCUUACUGAAUUGGAUCUUUCUUUUAGCAAAAUAGGUGAUGAGGGUGCAAAAGCUCUUAGUGAAGCUUUGAAAAGUGAGAAUUGUAACCUCACUGAAUUUAAUCUAAGGGAUAACAAUUUGGGUCACGAGGGUGCAAAAUCUCUUAGCGAAGCUUUGAAAAGUGAUGAGGGUGCAAAAUCUCUUAGUGAAGCUUUGAAAAGUGAGAAUUGUAGCCUUACUAAAUUAGAUCUAGGUGAAAACAAUUUGGGUCAUGAGGGUGAUGAGGGUGCGAAAUUUCUUAGUGAAGCUUUGAAAAGGGAGAAUUGUAAGCUUACUGAUAUGGCUCUUUGUGGUAACAAUAUAGGUGAUGAAGGUGAUGAGGGUGCAAAAUUUCUUAGUGAAGCUUUGAAAAGGGAGAAUUGUAAGCUUACUGAAUUGGCUCUUAAUAGAAACAAAAUAGGUGAUGAAGGUGCAAAAUCUCUUAGUGAAGCUUUUAAAAGUGAGAACUGUAAGCUUACUGAAUUGGAUCUUUCUCAUAACAGUAUAGGUGAUGAAGUAUAG